AUGAGUCCAUUUCUAUCAGUAACAACGAUGCCUCAAUGGCCUGUACCAACUACGAGCUUAGGUGUUGUUGCGGCUCGGUUUCAAGAAGACCUCGUACCCUGGCUCCCAGUAGCCAACUACACCUAUGUUUAUGACAAGGGUCAUAUCCCACAAUCCAACGACACUGUUGACCACGACGCUUUCCGCUCUUACGUUGAGCUACCCAACAUCGGUCGAGAGGGACACACACACUUAUACCAUAUUGUGAAUAACUGGGAUACUUUGGAAGAUUACAUGGUCUUCUCUCAAGCAGCCCCAUUUGAUCUAAUUGGAUCUGUUGUCAACACCACGAGCAAAAUGGUGGAAGUAGCGCUUCAAGUCCAUCCCGGCGAAGUCAAUCCUUUCGAUCCAACUCUUUUCCACGAUGUGGAUGAUUGGGCCAAGAUCAAUUGGACUGAUCCCAAAGAAAGCAUUUGGAUGACAGCAAGCGAGCUAAAGUCUCUUGUCUUUGCGCCGUAUACACCGGCAGAGCUAUGGGAAUUUGUGUUGGAAGAGGACCAUCCACCAGCUAUUCGAGCCGCACAUGGCGGUAUUUUUGCCGUUCGCCGAGAUACAAUCAAGAGUCGCCCACGAGAAGUAUACGAACGUGCCUUGCAACGAUUUGUUGAAGCCAAUGUUACAAACCCCGAACUCGGCUUCAUGUGGGAACGCUUCUGGACGCCAACAUUUUCUCAACAAUAUUGGCUCCCGGAGGUGGAGAAUCCCUAA